GUGACGAACCGGAAGUAGGCUCGAAGAGCACAGGAAGAGGAGCACCAUCAAGACCGGCAUCUCACGCUGAUGCGAUUUCGGAUUGCCUGGUCUAUAACUGCACCUCGUCGUUGGCACGCGCAGAACCUGAAUGUAAGUCCAGAACGCUUUGUUAAUCAAAUGUUUGAUCAACAAAGGCCUUAAAGUAGUCGAUGUCGGCCAGUUCCGUUUUGAUGGACGGUAGUGAACUGGCCUUGCUUAAUAAACGAUCUUCGGAUGCUAGCGAAGCCGGGGGAGCGGCUAGCUAGCUAGCUAGCUGGCGAUGAAAGCCCGCGAAGGUUCCGCGAUGGUGCCCACCUCGUUGGUACAGAGGAUCGCGCGGCAGGCGCUCGUCACCUUCCGACAGCCGCCUCACGCCUUUCACGACAAGCACCAGCAGCUGGUGAGCCUCGUGAGGCAGGCGCGAGCCGCCGACCUCAAGCUGCUGCCUCCCGGCUGCGGCUCUCCCCCUUGCCGCGGCAGCCCCCCGGUCACCUACAUGCAUAUCUGCGAGACGGAGCAAUUCAGCAUGGGCGUGUUCCUCCUCAAGAGCGGCGCCCGCAUCCCCCUGCACGACCACCCGGACAUGCACGGCGUUCUCAAAGUCUUGUACGGCAAACUGCGCGUCAGCUGCUUCGACAGCCUGGAUAGGCGGGCAGCCCGCUCCAGGCCGCAAGUCGGCGCCAUGCUGCGCUCGGUUCUGCGAUCCAGCGCCGAGUACACUGACGCCAGCGAGCCGUGCGUCCUCGCGCCCGACCGCGACAACCUGCACCAGAUCGACGCCGUGGAUGGACCCGCUGCCUUCCUGGACAUCCUGGCGCCGCCCUACGACCCGGACGGCGCUCGCGACUGUCACUACUUCCGAGUGCUCCAAGGGCCCGAACCCAGAGAGCCGAACGGGCGUGAGGUCUGGCUCAUGGAGAUCGCGCAGCCUGUGUCAUUCUGGUGCGGGACCGAAACCUACCUGGGCCCCGAGGUGCGCCUCUGACGCCCCGAUGUGACGUCGAGGACCGCAGGGUGCUUCGCAUCUUGGCAGUGGUCACGACAAAAGACGGAAGAUUUCUUCCCUGUGAUUGACUGACAAGCGAUUGGCCCGCAACUGGUUGCCAGCCAAUCGCAGGUCACGCAUAGCGAACCAACGCAACAAAAUGUCAUCGCUACUUGAACAAGGACGGGUGACUUGGAGCGAGUGGCGAAUGGCUGUCAAAGACGGACGACAAGGCACUCGGUCGGAGGUGCCCUCGACCGCCGCGAUGUCAUCUGGAGCGCGAUCGCAAAUCGUUUAAGCUGCUUGAUGGAACUGUGUUGAUGGAAGCGUUUGCCGAUCGCCACGAUGACAUCAAACGUUUCAAUGUGAAAGACGAUCGCUAAUCAUUUGGAGGAAAUGUAUUAUGAAAUGAAAAAUGCAUUUGGACGCUGAAUAAAUGGGAUUGGACACGGAA